CCUUUAUCAGUGGUAGAUUGGAGGGCACAUGGACAGUGUGUUGGUGAUCAUAGAGAAGCAUGACUGAAUCCAAGUGUGAGCUAUUUACUGUGGCCAGUGAAGAGACUGUGCAGCCUAAGAAAGACCAGGACGCACCAAUGGGCUUCUUCGAGCAUUACGUACAGCCCUGCCUGGCAGAGCUGCUUGGUUCUUCUCUUUUCAUAUUUGUAGGCUGUAUCUCAGUCAUUGGCAAUGUGGAAACCACAGGCAGUAUUCAGCCUGCACUGGCACAUGGACUGGCCCUUGCUAUCGUUAUUGCACUGUUUGGAGAGAUCAGUGGGGGUCACUUUAAUCCAGCUGUAACAGUUUGCGUCUACCUUGUGGGAGGAAUGAAGCUGGUCCUUCUUGUUCCAUAUAUACUUGUGCAACUGUUUGGUGGAAUGAUCGGUGCUGGUCUUGCCAAAGCAAUCUCCCCACCAGCAGAGUUCAGUAAUGCCUCUGGAGCUGCGUUCACAGCUGUCAGUAGUAAUGCUGAUGUAGGAGCUGCUACAGUGGCUGAAAUGGUGAUGACUCUCUUCCUGACCAUGUCGGUCAGCAUGGGGGCUGUAAAUGGGAGGACACGUUCCCAGUUUGCUCCUUUCCUUAUCGGCCUUACAGUAACAGCAAAUAUCCUGGCUGGGGGUAUGAUCUCUGGGGCAUGCAUGAAUCCAGCUCGAGCUUUUGGACCUGCAGUGGUGGCUAAUCACUGGGCCUUCCACUGGGUAUAUUGGAUUGGACCUAUGACUGGUGCUUUGCUCACUGUCUGCUUUAUCAGGUUAAUGUUGGGUGACAAGAAGGCACGUGUUGUAUUUAAAUGAUAUAGCUGCAAAUUAUGAGGGUUAUUUAUAGCAUACUUUUGAAUAAGUAGCCAUUUAACAAUGGUAUAUGUAAAGUCUCUCAAUCAAUUUGAUCAUGUUUUAUCUUGUUUAGGCAUUUAUUAUUUCAAUCAAGUUGACUGUGUUCAGACUAACAACUGUAUAAAGCUGUAUUGUAUUUCUUCCAAUCUUCUGUAAAAACAAAUCUUCUACCUGUUCAAUAUUGUAUCUGCUAUAUAUUGAUGAAAAAUCUUGUAUAAAAUAAAACCUUUUGCUUUUGUAUGACAAAA